AGGUAUUUUCUCUUCGUACUCCAAUCUUGUUUGAAGUUUAAGCAGUUCCAGUGCGUAAGGAAGUUCCUUUUGAAGUGAAAAAUUCAUUCUUGUUUGUUGAAAAAUAAUUAAUAAUGCCUCCAUCCAGACCAUUGUGGCAAAUCGCUGGUAAGCGUGACGUAGAACAGGAAAAAGAAGCUCAAGAAUGGAUCGAGUUAAUGCUCGGUGAAAAGUUCCCAGAUACUUUCGAGGCCUCACUUCGUAAUGGAAUCAUUCUUUGCAAAUUGAUGAACAAAUUAAAUCCUGGAAUCAUUCAAAAGAUCAGCAUUUCUGGCGGUGAUUAUAAAAUGAUGGACAACAUCUCACAGUUCCAUAGAGCAGCUCAACAUUGGGGAGUUCCAGAAGUUGACUUGUUUAAUGCAAAUGAUUUGUAUGAGCAGAAAAAUAUUGUACUUGUGACUCAAACUAUUUUUGCCAUUGGACGUGCUUGCUAUAAACAUCCAGAAUUCCAGGGACCAUACCUUGGACCACCACCAGCAACAGAAAAUCGUCGUGAAUUUACAGAAGAACAAUUAAGAGCUGGCGAAGGUAUGAUUGGCUUACAAGCAGGCACAAACAAGGGCGCAACUCAGGCUGGACAGAAUUUCGGAGCUGGCAGAAAAAUUAUUUUGGGAAAAUGAGAAAAUCCUCAACAUCAUGCUUAACUAUUUAUUUGAAUUCUGCUUCAUAGCUGCUCCUGAAAAUUCCUUUUCUAGAUUCUCAUAAAUAUUUUCUUACUUAAUCAAUAAAAAUUUCACAAACGUUUUGGUUAUAAUUUUAAUUAAUGAAGAUGAAUUAUAUAUUUUAAUAAAAAUGGCUUAUUUUAAUGAACAAGUUUAA